CUUUUAGCCUGACUGUUGUUAGUUAUACAUCGUGUUAGCCUAGAAAACCAUUAAAAAGGUUUGACUGGAGGCAAAUAAACAAUUAAUACAAUUCUCUGCUAUGUCAAUGGCAGAUAAAAGAUUCUUGCCCAGCAUUGUACCAGCGGGGAAAGACCUACAUGCAUGGUGCAAUGAAAGGCUGUGCAUCAAAUGUCGAGAAGGUACAAACAAUAAACAGUUCCCCCCUGGUGGCCUAGAUGCUUGUGGUUGGCGUUUCUUAAAACCAGGGCUGGAUGAUUUCAGAAGUGGUUACUCCCCUCCAAUCGGGGAUCAAAAUUUUAUUCGGAUCCAGAGAGGUUUUUUCCCUCCAUGUUGCUGCGAGAUGAAGCCCAAGAAUCACCUUACUAAAGAACAAGUGUGUUUCUCUAAGGAGAACCCCCAGCAACAUGCACACCGCAAGCAUUUAUCCGAAGUGGAGUACACCCUGACCCAGCACCCACUUGCCCUUUACCCGCACUUUCAGGAGUGCAUGUCCUCUGAGUUGUUAGAUCAGGUAACGUCUGUCCUGGACCCCGAGAUGAGUAUAAACAGUGAGGCUGCAUCAUUGCUGAUAAAUUUCAGCAGAGACCAUGCAGAUGACUGUGCUGAACAGAACAAGCUGGAGGCCUCUAGAUCCUAUGGGGGGAAUAACACAAUGGCACCUAACAAGCGCAGGGCUGAUGACUCAGCAGUGAAGAAUCCUUACUGUCACUUACAAGUAAAUGAGAAAAGGUCCAAGGAUGACACAGAAGCGGCAUCAUUCAAUGAAGAGAUUAGGAGAGUGACAAAGCGGCUCCAUGACUGGAUAGUCUGCUUGGACAGAGGAGAGAAUGAUGACCUGACCGAGUCCACCAUGUUUAACCUGUUGGCCAGUGCAUUUGAGAUAAAGCCUGCCUUUCCCAAACAAGUACGCAACAGAAGGCAGCCGUGGAGCUCUGCAGAGAACCUUCACAAAGCAGCUAAGCCCAACACCUUCCUAAUGGCCCCGGAUUCACUGAAGAUUCAUUCUGGGAAAGCAAAGGUAAACUAUGGAGUCUUGUCCCUAGACUCUAAAACAGAGAAAACAAGAAGUCGAUCGAUGCAAUACCUUCCGAAUGACCAAGAGUUUUCUGUAUCUUCAAGAAAAUUGAAUGCGCAGCUUGAGCAGAGUUACGCGGCACAAGCCUAUAAGAAGUUCAUCGUCAAUAAGGGACUGAGGGAGCCUGAGGUGCCGUCAGGGAAGACUCUCCCAGGAAGAAGGCGCACAGUCCUCUUUUGAAGAGGCUAGGAAGAAAUGGUGGCGAGAGCACUGUAACGUUAAUUUUAUUUUAGGAUUUAAUGUAGGCUAUGUGUUCUUUAAUAUGUUUUUAUCUUGCUUGUUUCUGUUUGUUUUAAUAAAUAAUAAACAUUUA